GCACGACAAAACGCCAGCUAGUCCUUUGCGACGCGCCCGUGACGUUCGUUAGAUUAUCUUCAAUCAUCGAACACGUAUUAUUGAUAAUAACUAAGUCAAAAACACGGGUUAUUAUAACUACUUUUCGAUAAUUAAUCAUAUUAUAGUGAAUAGUUUUUCAGUUGCUGUCAGCUGUUAAAAAUAAUAUUUAUUUUGUCAUUUGUUUGUUGGUGACUAUUAAUCCUUAAACCAUUUUUCCUCUCAGGAUUAUAUUCACGCGUUGGCCUACUGUCCACAAGGCUAACACGUUCAAUAUAUUCUACACCUGAAGAGCCACUAUACAUCUAAUAAUCUACAGAGUUCACAAAAUUCAUCAACAUGCCAGCUAGAUUCGAGAGUGUUAAUAAUCCAAUGAUGAGAGACCAAUCAAUUUCAAAUGGAGUUAAUCACUCAGCUGACAAUGAUAUUGUUAUCAGCGGUUUCUCUGGACGUCUUCCAGAGUGUGAAAACAUUGAAGAAUUCAAACGCCAUCUUUUUGAUGGUAUUGACAUGGUGACUGACGAUGAAAGACGAUGGCCAUCUGGCCUUCAUGGACUGCCAGCUCGUUCAGGAAAAUUAAAAGAUUUAUCCACAUUUGAUGCUACUUUUUUUGGAGUUCAUUCAAAACAAGCCAAUGUUAUGGAUCCUCAAUUAAGAAUACUUUUGGAAGCAACACAAGAAGCCAUCAUUGAUGCUGGAAUUAAUCCUGUUGACCUCAGGGGAUCAAGAACAGGAGUAUUUAUAGGAGUUUCAUCUUCAGAAUCUGAUGAUUACUGGACUCGUGAACCAGACCGAGUUAAUGGAUAUGGUCUUACUGGUUGUUGUCGUGCAAUGUUUCCUAAUAGAAUCUCAUAUACUUUUGAUUUUACUGGGCCUUCUUUUGCUGUUGAUACUGCCUGUUCAUCAUCUCUUUAUGCCAUGCAUCAAGCAAUUAUGUCAAUAAAAACUGGUCUUUGUGAUGCAGCUAUUGUUGCUGGAUCUAAUUUGCUGCUUAAACCUACAUCUUCUCUUCAAUUCCAUCGGUUAAAUAUGCUUUCACCAGAAGGAAUGUGUAAAGCCUUCGAUGCAUCUGGUAACGGCUAUGUACGAGCGGAAGCUGCUGUUGUAAUUUUUCUUCAAAAAGCUCGUGAUGCUAAGAGAGUUUAUGCAACGGUUGUUAAUUCAAAAAUAAAUGUCGAUGGUAAUAAACCUCAAGGAAUUACUUUUCCAUCCGGAGAAAUGCAAUGUCAACUGAUGAGAGAGAUUUAUAAUGAAAUAGAUCUCGAUCCACGUGAAGUAUCUUACAUAGAAGCCCACGGAACUGGAACUAAAGUUGGAGAUCCACAAGAAGUGAAUUCUAUUGCCAAUCUUUUUUGUAAAGAUCGUCGAACUCCAUUACUCAUUGGGUCUGUUAAGUCAAAUAUGGGUCACUCUGAACCAGCCAGUGGCCUUUGUUCUAUUGCCAAAAUAUUAAUCGCCAUGGAAACUGGCAUUAUUCCACCUAAUCUUCACUUUAAAUCACCAAAUACUGAAAUUCCAGCUUUAUGUGAUGGACGAAUAAAAGUUAUUGACAAAGCAACUAUUUGGAAUGGUGGAUUAAUGGCUGUCAAUUCAUUUGGUUUUGGUGGUGCUAAUGCCCACAUAGUUUUAAAAAGUAAUCCUAAACCUAAAAUACCUCCUGCUCUUAAUGUUGAUGUUCCUAAAUUGGUUACUGUAUCUGGUAGAACACAGGAAGCUUGUGAUCUUUUUUUGGAUAAGGUAAAAGAACAUCAAAAAGAUGAUGAAUUUUUGGCUCUUGUACACAAUAUUCAUAAAACUAACAUUGUUGGCCAUGAUUUUCGUGGAUUUGAAAUUUAUGGCCGUAAGGAAAUAAGACAAAUUGAUGAGUAUCAGUCCACACAGCCAAAGAAACCCAUUUGGUAUGUUUUCUCUGGUAUGGGAACACAAUGGGCUGGAAUGGGAAAACAAUUAAUGGGCAUUGAAACAUUCCAAAGAAGUUUAAGACGUUGUGCUGAAGCAUUAAAACCUGAAGGAAUUGAUCUGAUGAAUUUAAUUUUAAAUGGAACUGAUGAUACUUUUGAAAAAGUUUUAAACUGUUUUGUGUCUAUUGCAGCAAUUCAAGUAGCUUUAGUAGAUGUUCUCAGUAUGAUUGGCAUUCAACCUGACGGAAUUGUUGGUCAUUCUGUUGGAGAACUUGGCUGUGCUUACGCUGAUGGUACUUUCACACCUGAACAAACAGUUUUAGCUGCUUAUUGGAGAGGUAAAGCUAUUCAAGAGCAAAAGUUACCACCCGGAGCUAUGGCAGCUGUUGGAUUAAGUUGGGCAGAAGCUAUUAAAAGAUGUCCUGAGGAUAUCUCUCCAGCUUGUCAUAAUUCUGCUGAUUCAGUAACAAUCUCUGGACCUCUAGAAUCUGUUAAAAAAUUCACAGAACAACUCAAGAAAGAAGAUAUUUUUGCAAAAAUGGUUCAAAGCUCUGGUGUAGCUUUCCAUUCGAAAUAUAUUGCUUCAGCUGGUCCAGCAUUAAGAUCCAUGUUGGAAAAAAUUAUUACCAAUCCUAAACAACGAUCUUCAAGAUGGAUUUCUUCAUCUAUACCUGAAUCAGCAUGGGGAACUCCUUUGGCUCAACUUAGCUCACCAGCUUAUCACGUCAAUAAUCUUCUUUCUCCCGUAUUUUUCCAAGAAGCAUUAAAACAUAUUCCUGAAAAUGCUAUUACUAUUGAAAUUGCUCCUCACUGUCUUCUUCAAGCAGUCUUACGGCGAUCUCUACCAUCCACUGUUACCAACAUUGGAUUGCACAAAAAAGAUGAUGAAAAUAGUUUAGAAUUUUUAUUGACAAGUCUUGGAAAACUUUAUAAUGCUGGAGCUCAGCCAGAUCUCAGCAAGCUCUAUCCACCAGUCAGUUACCCAGUUGGCAAAGGUACUCCAAUGAUGAAUUCAAUCAUUGGAUGGGAUCACUCAUCUCAAUGGACUGUGGCCGAUUUCUCCGGAAAAUCUGGAGCUGGAGAAACUGUUGUAGAAGUAGAUUUAUCCAAAGAAGAGUAUGCACACAUUGCUGGACAUACCAUUGAUGGCCGAGUUUUAUUCCCAGCUACAGGAUAUUUAACAAUAGUUUGGCAAACUUUUGCAAAAUUACGAGGAGUCGAUUUUGAAAAAUUGCCAGUUGUUUUUGAAGAUGUUCAAUUUCGUCGAGCCACCAUAAUGCCUAAAGAUGGAUCUGUACGAUUUUUAAUAAAUAUUUUCGAUGGCACGGGAAAUUUUGAAAUUUGUGAAAGUGGAUCUCCUGCAGUAACUGGAAAAAUUCAUGCUUCAGAAGAUAUUGAAAAAGACCAGCUUAAUUUACCUUUACCUGUGACGAAACAAGAACCAGAAUUAUUGAAUCUGAAUACUGCAGAUAUUUACAAAGAUCUUCGAUUACGAGGAUACGAUUACUCCGGUAUCUUCCAAGGAAUUAAAUCAGCUGAUAACCGAGCUACAGUUGGAGAACUUUCAUGGGUAAACAACUGGAUUUCCUUCAUUGAUACUAUGUUACAAUUUAGCAUCAUUAGUAAAAACACAAAAGAUCUAUAUUUACCAACGCGACUUCAGUAUGCGACUAUUAAUCCAAUGGCUCAUUUAGCUACAGCCGGAAUGUUAGAAAGAAACCAAGGAUUCCCUGUUUAUUCUUACCCGAAUAUUGGUGUUAUUAAAUCUGGUGGUGUUGAACUGAGAGGAAUGAAAGCUUCUCUUGCUCCACGAAGACAACAAGUUCAAGCUGCUCCAAAACACGAAAGAUACACUUUUGUUCCAUAUGACAACUCUCAAGUACUUGUUGAAGAUCCAAAUAAAGCAAAACAUCAUGCGCUCACUGUCAUCUGUCAAAUUAUCAAUGAAAAUCUUGGAGUUUUAAAAAUUAAAGGAGUUGAAGCAGCUGGUAAUAGAAAUGCUGAAGCUCUGUUAGCACCAAUGACAGCAGAAAUUUUGCUUGGAGAACCAUCGCUUACCAUUGAUUUACAAGUAGCCACAACAUCUUCUGAAGGUUAUGCAGCUCAUCUAGAGCAAUGGGAAAUUAAAACUUUGUCAAAAGAUAUAUCUAAAGGACCGAUUGGAAAUGAUCUUCAUUUCGUCAUUGGUGCUGAUAUUCUUAGCAAUGGAAAUGCUACGUGUUUAGCUAAUCUUGUAGCUUCUAUAAAAGCAGGUGGUUUCAUUAUUUUGGAGGAAACCGGAAAAAUUCAAAAAUCUUAUCUUAAAAAUUCAGGUCUUGCCAUUGUAGGACAACAAACAGCACCUGGUAAAACAUAUCUUUUAUUAAAAAAAUUAGAAGAGCAAACAGAGCCAAUUAUUAUUCAAAUAACUGAGAAAAACUUCUCAUGGUUAGAAGGUGUAAAAGCAGCUCUGAAAAAAGCAUCAAGCGAAAACCAACAAAUAUUAUUAGUAUCUCAGGGAGAAGAAGUUCUGGGUAUGGUAGGUUUAAUGACAUGUAUUAGAAGAGAACAAGGUGGUAAAAAUGCUCGAUAUGUAUUUAUCCAAGACAAAAAAGCACCUAAAUUUUCAUUAUCUGAUUCAUUUUAUGCUUCUCAAUUAAAUAAACAAUUGAUGGCAAAUGUAUUGAAAGGAAAUCAAUGGGGAUGUUAUCGACAUUUGCGUAUGGAUUCUCAGACAGAUGCUUCUUCUCUUCAAGUGGAGCAUGCUUACAUAAAUACUUUGAUAAGAGGUGAUUUAAGUAGCUUGAGAUGGAUUGAAGGUCCUUUAAGCUUUUAUCAACCAGAAAAAUAUCCAGAUAAUGAACUUUGCAGUGUCUAUUAUGCACCUCUUAACUUCCGAGAUAUUAUGCUGGCCACAGGAAAACUUCCUCCUGAUGCUUUGCCUGGUGAUCUUGCUGGUCAAGAUUGUAUUUUAGGUCUGGAGUUUGCUGGAAGAGAUAGCAAAGGAAAGAGAGUGAUGGGAAUGAUUGCUGCAAGAGGUCUUGCUACAACAGUUCUUGCAGAUCCAGGAUUUAUGUGGGAAAUACCGGAUAAAUGGAGUUUUGAAGAAGCAGCAACAAUUCCAGUUUGUUAUUCCACCAGUUACUAUGCGUUGUUUGUUCGUGGAAGACUUCGUCCAGGAGAAACUGUUUUAAUUCAUGCAGGAACUGGUGGAGUUGGACUUGCUAGUAUUUCUCUUUGUUUCCAUGCUGGAUGUAAAGUAUUCACGACAGUUGGAACUCAAGAAAAGAGAGAGUUUUUGAAAAAAACUUUCCCUCAAUUAGCAGACAAAAACAUUGGAUAUUCACGAGAUACUAGUUUUGAACAAUUAAUAUUGACGGAAACAGAAGGAAGAGGAGUUGAUUUAGUAUUGAAUUCUCUCGCUGAAGAAAAAUUACAAGCUUCAGUAAGAUGUUUAGCUAAAGACGGAAGAUUUUUGGAAAUUGGAAAAUAUGACUUAAGCAACAACACUUCUUUGGGAAUGGCAUUCUUUUUGAAGAACACAAGUUUCCAUGGUAUUCUUUUAGACGCUCUUUUCGGCUCCAAUACAUGGGAAAAGAAAGAAGUAGUAAGAUUAAUGUCUGAAGGUAUUGCAAAUGGUGCUGUCAGGCCAUUACCGUCAACAGUUUUUUCAGAACAACAGAUCGAACAAGGUUUCAGAUAUAUGGCUACGGGUAAACAUAUUGGUAAAGUUUUGUUGAAAAUUAGAGAAGAAGAAAGUCGAGGAAUUGUUCAACCUGCACCAAAAACAGUUGCUGCUAUACCCAGAACAUAUAUGAAUCCAGACAAAAGCUACAUUUUAGUAGGAGGUCUUGGUGGUUUUGGACUGGAAUUGUGUCACUGGUUGAUCACUCGUGGUGCCAAACAUAUUAUUUUAACUUCUCGAUCUGGUGUUCGAACUGGUUAUCAAUCUCUCUGCAUUCGUCGUUGGCGCGAGAUGGGUAUUAACAUUACCAUUUCUACUAUUGAUGUCACGACAAUUGAAGGUGCUGAAAAAUUAGUAUCAGAAUCAAGUAAAAUGGCGCCUGUUGGAGGUAUUUUUAAUCUUGCUGCAGUACUCCGUGAUGCUUUAAUAGAUGAUCAGACAGAAGGUGCCUUCAAAACUGUUGCUUUACCUAAAAUUGAUGGUACAAAGAAUCUAGACAUUGCUUCACGAAAAAUGUGUCCAUCUCUCGAUUACUUUGUAGUAUUUUCAUCAGUUUCUUGUGGUCGUGGUAACAUCGGUCAAUCAAAUUAUGGCCUAGCUAAUUCUGCAAUGGAAAGAAUCGUAGAACAAAGACAAGCCAAUGGUCUUCCAGGACUUGCUAUUCAAUGGGGAGCUGUUGGAGACGUUGGUCUUGUUUUAGAAACAAUGGGAAAUAAUGACACAGAAGUUGGUGGUACUUUACCUCAACGAAUGUCAAGCUGUCUUGCUACAAUGGACGUCUUUCUUCAACAACCUCACCCAGUUCUUGCUUCCACAGUGCUAGUUGAUAGACACAAGAACAAAGAUGGUGAUUCUCGUGUUAGUCUUCUAGAGGCUGUUGGUAAUAUUCUUGGUAUCAAAGAUCUAAAGAAAGUAAAUCCAUCCAAUUCGCUGGCAGAUUUGGGAAUGGACUCAUUGAUGGGUACUGAAAUUAAACAGACUCUUGAAAGAGAUUUUGAUUUAGUGUUAUCAGCUCAAGAAAUUAGAACUUUAACCUUCGGCAAGCUUGCAGAAUUAUCUCAUGAUGGAGAGUUUGAUACUGCUGGAGCAGUUUCACCUAAAAAUACACCUUCUCCAGGCAAACAAUUCGACCAACUUGAUUCACUUUUAUUCCAACUUUCGGAAUCAGAAAUCGUCCCUAAAAAAGCUGUUGUUCGAUUAGACGAAGGAAGAACUGGAAAACCAACAUUCUUUGUGCAUGCUAUUGAAGGAUUUGUAUCAAGUAUGAAGAGUUUAGCUUCAAUAUUGACAACGCCUGUAUAUGGUUUGCAAUGUAUUGAAGACGCACCUAUGGAAUCAAUGAGUGAUCUUGGAAAAUUCUAUGUACAACAAAUAAGAAGUAUUCAAAAGAAAGGACCAUACACAGUUAUUGGUUACUCCUACGGUGCUUGUGUAGCUUUCGAAAUAGCUUUACAAUUAGAAGCCAUUGGCGAAAAAGUAAUUCUUAAUUUAAUUGAUGGAUCACCAGAAUACGUCACAAAUCACACUCAAAAAAUUGGUUCACAUGCUACAGACUCAGGCUCUGACUUAACAUCUGACGGAGAACGAAAAGCAUUGGCUUUCUUUGUUAAGCAAAUUAAUACUGAGGCCCAUUUCAUAAAGACUUACUUAACACUGAAAGAAAUAGAAAAUCAUGAAGAAAUGAUGAACAAAAUGGUAGAACUGGUUGGAACGUUACCAUAUGAUGCUGAAGAUAUCAAAGCUGCUGGAAUAUCACUUUACAAAAAAUUACGUAUUGCCCAUGACUACGUUCCAGCUUCGAAAUUUUCUGGACCUGUUACUCUUAUCAAAGCUACUGAUAGCUUUAUGUCCCUUAAUACAGAUUAUGGACUUUCUGAGUUUUGCAAACAAACCGUGAGAUUAGAAGAAGUUGAAGGAAAUCACAGGUCAAUAAUGUUAGGUGAUAGUCUGAAAAAGAUUGCAGACAUUCUAAGUGCGUAAAGAAAGUCAAAAAUUUCUAGGAAUGUAAGCAAAGAAUUAUUUCAAUCUCUCUAAACAUUAGGCUAAAAUAAUAAACAUUUUUUUUACAUUAUACAAAUGUAUAAAAAAAAGUAUCUCACAGAGAAUCUCUCUCCAUCAAAACAUAUACUAUCAUUAAUUAAUUUAAGUAGAAUAUUAUUUUCCAUUUAAGAGUUAUCAUCAUAAGAAUAAACUUUAAUUUAAUAAAAUCUAUUAGAACGGAGUAUACAUCUGUACUAUUUCUGAAUGAAACACUUAGUGGACAAAGUGAAUCAUUUCGAAUCAGUACAGAUAGUAAUGUAAUGUAUUUAUUUAAUAUAAUACUUCUUCGAUGAUGCUCCAAACGUGAAAUACUUGAAGAAGACAUUAAAUAAACUAAGUUUAUUUGUCAUAAGGACUUGUAAAAUAUUUAUGCAUCUCAUACUACUUUAUAUUUUUUUAAAACUUUUUGGCUUUCUAUUAUGCAUUCCAUAUUAUGUUAGUUGUAAAAUAAUUUAAUUAUUAAUAACAAUUCAAUACAAGUGUAUUUUAUAAGUAUAAAAAAGUAUAAUUGUGGCAUUAGCAUAACAAUGAAUCCGAAAUAAAGUGGAUCAAUUGAUGUUACUUUAGGGUUGUAAUUUAAGUACAAGAACAAAUUUAAUAAAUGUUCUAAUCUCA